AUGACGGAGCUCGAGCCUCGAGUGCUGAGCCCGUGGAGGCUUCUCCCCCUUCUUAGAGACUGCGGCGACCUUCGAGGCUCUGAGCGGCUGAGCGGCCUCGCUCGGCUUCGUUCCCUUCGCGAAGCGGCGCGGAAAGCGGCGUACAGGGAACAGCUGGAGUUGCCAAGCAGGCCACGGUCCGCGCCCCUUGAGGAGGAGAUCGUCAACGUGCUGCGCGAGGAGGCCUUCCGGGUGGAUCCCCGCGAGAAAGACCCGCAAGGGCACCUCUUCGCCUUCCAGGCCCAGGCCCUGAGGCUCCAGGCUCUUCUUUAUGAGGGUUAA